GAGCCAUGUGAGACCUUUUUGAGUAUUCAGUUUGAUAUUUUAGUUUGUGUGACAAAAUUAUUAUUAGUGAACUUAUUUGUAUUGAAUUGUCCCAAAUUAGGAAAUUGUAAUUUGUUUCUGAGUGUGUGCCCCCUAUAGGUAAGGCACUAAUUGUCUAUAGCAUAAAGGUGUGCCAGGCCAAGGAGAGUGGAGAGUUCCGGCCUGCGAAUACCAUUAUUGACCGUGAGCAGAACGUGCCUACAGGACAUGAACCUGUCAUGAACCUGACGGGACCGUGGCGAGGAAACGCAACUGAGCUGAACCAACAAACAAAGAAACAAAGACAAAACUUCAAUGCUUUAAUUUACAUCUGAUGUUAGAAAUAAACAAAGUCAAGUUCAUUAUAGCCACGUCUCAUGGACUCUACUUUCACGCGUUCAACAAAGCAAACACCGGAACUCACAAGAAGUGGUAAAACAAUUGACAAGUUUUAGCCAUUACAAUAGUCAAUAAUGCCGCAACUUUGGACCUUUUGAUGGAUCAUUACUGGAUACAAUUGGAUUACCCUUGGAACAAGGCAACCCUUGGAUUACUACGAACCUUUCACUGAGAAGCAGCAGCGCGCCAUGCGCAACAAACAAAACAAUCAAUUAACAUGAUCGGAGGUAUGUUCGCUUCCCAUUUGAAUGCAAUGUACUAUGAAUGGACUAUACUUUUGAAACCUUGUUUGUGCACAUUUUGAACCCAAGAAACACAAGUAUUUUUGGUUAGAAACCCGAUGUUUUAUAGUUUGACUUAACGUCGGGGAAUUGAAGCCAUAUCGUGCAUGGACAAACGCAAUUUACGCAUACAGAGCACGAUAGAAAGGCUUUUUGUUGAAUUUCUGGGUUUGAUGAAGUUGAAGAACGGUUUUUGUGAGAACGAAUGAAAAUUGUAUUGAUAUAAGAUGACGGAUCCCGUGAAGGAGGCCAGUUUGGGCCUACCUGAAGAAAACCUCAAUGAAGCAGCCAGAUUGCGCUCAUCGAGGUCGGGCAAAUUGUCUCAUUUGACGAGACGAAUGAACAUUGUAAAUACUUUGAUGAAUGACGAAACAAGUUUUAAUGAAGUGAAAAGUAAUAUGGUUAUGUUUAAUAACAUGUUAGAGGAAUACAAAUCUCUUCAUGAUUCAUACCAAGAAAUGUUAGAAGAGGAAGAUCGAAAUGAGGAUACUAAGUCCUGGUAUGCACCGAGGCUUGAGCCGAUAACCACCUUUUUAGCCAACGUCACGAGGUGGAUAGAUUCAAUUGAAAAUCGUUUGCAUGAAGUUACCGUUUCCUAUACUGGAUUGGAAAAUAGUCCUGAUAUCAGUGUCAGGCCUACGGAGGAAGAUAGGCUGUCCUUGAGAAGCACUAGCUCUGUUUCAUCCACGACAUCUGUGCGCAUCUGUGCAGAGGCAGACAGAGAAGCACUACUCGUUAAGGCUGCAGCUUUACAGAAAAAGCAUGCGUUAGAGGAUGAGCAAGAUGAACUGAGAAAGGAGGAAGAUGAGCUGAGAAAGAGAAAGGAGCUCAGCAGAAAGAGAAUGGAGGCUCAUGACUUACAAGCUGAAUUGUCUGCAACUACAGCCAAAAUUAACUAUCUCAGAAAUGCUGAAGCACAAGCUGUUGAUACAACAUUCAAUGCAUUUAACCAUACAGAAUUUAAUGCAAUGAAUUCGUAUUAUGAGGAGAAUAUUGAAAGGAUUUCUGAGCCAAUUGCUGAACAGACUGUAAGAAAUACAAGGCCUAAAGAUGGGGUUCAUGUGCAAUUCCCUGUUUUGACCACAACAGCUAGAACACCUAGAAUACCUAGAAUGCCAUCUCUUUCACCGUCUUUCAGUACUGCUAGACCAGUGCAUGACCAGAGCCACGCUCUCCAGAAUAUGUCUUUAGAGAGCUUUUCAGUUCCACAGGGAGGACAGGUACCUGACAAUCUUACCAAAAUUCUGGAAAAGCAAAAUCAGUUGACAAGUCUCCUAGUGAAACAACAAUUGUUACAUACUUUGCCAAAAGGAGAUCUUGCAGUUUUUGAUGGUAAUAUUUUACAGUACAAUUCCUUUAUUCAUUCCUUUGAACACAUCAUUGAAAGUAGAACAGACAACAACCAAGACAGACUACAAUUUCUCAUCCAGUAUACAAAAGGACAAGCUCAGCAGCUUGUCAAAAGUUGUCAAUUCAUGGAUGCAAAUAGAGGCUAUAUAAAAGCGAGGCAAUUGCUUAAAGAGCAUUUUGGAAAUGCCUACAGAAUCUCGUGUGCCUACAUUGAAAAGGCCCUUGCAUGGCCAGUGAUCAAAUUGGAGGAACCAAGAGCUUUGCAGGACUUUGCAUUGUUUUUGAGAAGUUGCUGCAAUGCCAUGGAACAACUUCAGUACAUGGAGGAGUUAGACACAAUUUCUAACAUGAGAAAAAUCAUUUUCAUAUUACCAUAUAAGUUAAGAGAAAGAUGGCGCUCAAAGGCUUGCGAAAUACAACAACGCGAUAUCAGAGUGAGAAUGGCUGACCUGGUAUCCUUCAUUGAAAAACAAGCUUCCAUUGUCUCAGAUCCAGUUUUUGGUGACAUUCAGGAGCCUAGCUCCAGCAGGGUCACAUCCAGACCCCCAGUGAAGCCACAUCUUACAGGUAGUUUUGCUACACAAGUUGACGUGAAGCCGAUUCAGCGGACGUCAGAGGAAACCAUGACACGAGACCAACCAAGAGCAAACCAAAACAUGGUGCCAGAUAAAGCAUGUCUCUUCUGCAAUGGUAAGCAUGAGCUCAUGACAUGUGUUCAGUUUGAUUCAAGACCACAUGAAGAGAAAAUUGAAUUUGUAAUGCAGAAUGGAGUCUGCUUUGGAUGUCUGGCAAAGGCUGGACACAUCAGCAAGGACUGUGGGAAACGUCUCCAGUGCACCAUCUGCAACAAGCAGCAUCCAAGUGCCUUGCAUAUCAAAGAGACCACACUGAAGAGCCUGCAGGUGUCUGUCAAAGCUGAUGAACAUACUGGGGCCGAUCCUGGCAGCUCUGCUACUUUUUGCACAGAAAAUCUCCUGAACAAGCUGAACAUCAGAGGAAAAAGGACUAACAUCCUCUUAAGGACAAUGAACCAAGAACAAUCUGUGAUUACCUACAUGGCAAAUGGAAUAGAGGUUAGUGCAUUGAACGAAAACAAUUUUAUUGCACUCCCUGAGGUGUACACACAAAAGAGUAUGCCUGUAGACACCGACAGCAUUCUAAAGACAGAAGAGCUAGCUAGGUGGCCUUACUUGAGUGAGAUCCAGAUCCCGAAAAUCAAGGCUGAAGUGGAGCUGUUGAUUGGCAACAAUGCUCCCAAAGCAAUUGAACCAUGGGAAAUAAUAAAUAGUCGUGAAAAUGGGCCAUAUGCUGUGAAGACCCUAUUGGGAUGGGUUGUUAAUGGUCCUCUAGAUGACAGUGUCGUGACAGACAGCAGUGGGCAUCAGAAAGUUACUGUCAACAGAACAUCAGUUGCAAAGCUGGAAGAUUUGAUUGUACAACAGAACAAUCAUGAGUUCAAUGAGAAAUUAGAUGACAAAGAAAUGUCAAUAGAGGAUAAAAGAUUGAUCAAAAUUGCAGAGCAGUGCCUAAUAGGCCUGAAAAGGAAGUUAAAAAGAAAUGAAACAUUCAGAAAUGAGUACACAGAGUUUAUGGAGGAUGUGAUCAGCAAUGGACAUGCUGAAGUGGUGCCACAAGCUGAACUUGAAAGAGAAGACGGCAAGUCUCUUGAAACAGAAAAUGAAGCCGUCGACCUGGUGACAGACCUUACCUGUGUUUGCCACAAGGGAGGAUUCCAUCUAACCAAAUGGGUGAGUAACAGUCGCACUGUACUGUCUCAUAUCCCCAAAGAAGACCGAGCGACUGAGAUGAAAGAACUUCAUUUGGACAGGGACAAACUCCCUACAGAAAGAGCCCAUCCUGCUUUUCCCCCUGGACUAUUUCAGAAGUCAGACACGUACAUCAGAUGGCGCUGGAAACAAGUUCAGUUUCUUGCCGAUCUCUUUUGGAAGAGAUGGACCAAAGAAUACCUACCCCUGUUACAGGAAAGACAAAAAUGGACUACAGUCAGGAAAGGAUACCAAGUAGAUGACAUUGUGAUGGUAGUGGACAGUUCAGCCCCUCGUGGGUCUUGGAACCUUGGAAGAAUAAUAGAAGUCAAACCAGAUUCCAGAGGUUUGAUGAGGACAGUGAAAAUUAUUACGAAGACUGGCGUGUUUGAGAGGCCAAUAACCAAGCUCUGUCUGCUUCUGGAAGGAGCAGAAAAGAUGACCACAAAGUCAUCGGCCAGAGAUAAGUAGUACCUAGUCAUGUUAUGAUUUAAGUUAAUGGUAACAAUAAACUACAAAGAAUUUAGGCUCCUUUAUGAUUUGAGUGUUGUAAUAGUUGCCCAUGCACACUAUUAGGGGCCGGUGUGUAGGAGCCAUGUGAGACCUUUUUGAGUAUUCAGUUUGAUAUUUUAGUUUGUGUGACAAAAUUAUUAUUAGUGAACUUAUUUGUAUUGAAUUGUCCCAAAUUAGGAAAUUGUAAUUUGUUUCUGAGUGUGUGCCCCCUAUAGGUAAGGCACUAAUUGUCUAUAGCAUAAAGGUGUGCCAGGCCAAGGAGAGUGGAGAGUUCCGGCCUGCGAAUACCAUUAUUGACCGUGAGCAGAACGUGCCUACAGGACAUGAACCUGUCAUGAACCUGACGGGACCGUGGCGAGGAAACGCAACUGAGCUGAACCAACAAACAAAGAAACAAAGACAAAACUUCAAUGCUUUAAUUUACAUCUGAUGUUAGAAAUAAACAAAGUCAAGUUCAUUAUA